AUGCCCUCCGGCAGCAUCAAGCGCGUUAGGACUGGGUGUUGGACUUGUCGAAAGCGCGGCUACCGCUGUGAUGAGGCCAAACCCGUCUGUGCCACAUGCGUGCGCUUGGGCAUUGAGUGUCAGGGCUACGAGAUCCGUCUGACGUGGAUGCAAUCAGUCUCUCGGACCAAGAACCAAAAGAACCAGAACCCCAGGCGCAAAGCAUCCGCCACGACCACGACCACGACCACUUCCACCAUUGAAACUCAAAAGUCUUCAAGUUCGGCUCUUGCCCCGUCGUCACGCAAAGCAAGCACGACACAACCUCCGGGUUUUGACAUGGCAACGUUAAAGUUGCCUCCGUCGCCAACCUCGACCUUGACAUCCGACGAUCAGUUCCUGCUUCAGCACUACUUCUACACCGUGUCGGGUCUGUUGUCAAGCACACAUGACCGCUCGAUCAACACGUACUGCCGGGUUGUUCUGCCCAUGGCAAUGUCGUGUGAAAUGCUUCUCAACACUCUUUUGCUGGUCUCCGCAUCGCAUCUGGCAUCCCGAUAUGACAGCUUUGCUCUGGACUUGCCGCGAUACCGAAACCGUGUGCUUCCACAGUUGAUCAAGCGUGUCAAUUCGUGGGCGGGGUUCGAUCCUAUCAUGUUAGCCACUAUCAUUAUGAUGAGUAUUAACGAGAUCUUCGAAGCCAAUCCGAAAAAUUGGUCUGAACACCUCAAGGCUGCGGGAAAAAUUAUCUCAGAUUACAUGGCCCAGUGUAAGGAACCGGACCAUGAUACAAGGAUGCUCCUGGAUAUUUUUGCAUACCAUAAUGUUCUGGCCAGUGUUGGGGCGAAUCACGCCUCUCUUGUGAUGGAUUACUAUACUCGCGAGACAUGGUCCGCUCUGGCCGGCCACUCCAACGCCUUUCUGGCCUCCGUCGACCGGCUGAUUUCGCUGGUGGCCAAAUUGUCCAUGUUGUCGUCUCAGUCCACAGUCGGGAGUGGUUGUCGCUCAAUCGACCCGUCUCAGCUCGAGAAAGCAAUUGGUCUCAAAGGCGAACUCGAAACCUGGAGACCUCCGUACGCGAUUCCAAAUGACGCCAGCAACACUGCCGAAGCCAUGCGUCAUGCCGGGCUGUUAUUUUAUUAUAAGCUAACGUCCACGCUUCCCGGAAUUAUGGACAGCGGUGAGAUUACCAGAAGUUGUGGUGAGAUUGUGCGACGUAUCGGUUACGUUUCGCUCGAGAGUCCGGCGGCAGCGAGCCACCUCUGGCCCCUGUACAUGGCUGGCUGCUUUUUGACCGGCGAUAAAGCUUCUAAUCAGCCUAGUCGGGAGUUUAUCAGAUCUCGUUUGUCGGCACUGAAGUCGAAGCGUGGUGUCAAAACUGUCGAUAUGGUCCGCGAGCGGCUGGAGCAAAUAUGGCUUUGUGAUGGCAUUGCAACAUUGGAAAUGGAUGCCCCUUUGAUCUUGUUAUAA